AUGCGUCUUAGUAAUUACGACCGAUUUCGGUAUACUCCUAUACGGGUACAACACUUGUACGUUAUAUAUACGCCGGGUAUAUUUCGUGUAGGAGGUCCAAAUAUUAGUGCCCCUGGACCCGAUAUUUCUGAUAAUAACCUUAUUGAUUGGGAUACCUGGCUUACACCAGAGGCACUCUACGAUAAAAAAUAUCUGGCUACUUCACAAUACAGCUUUAUCAAUAUAGGAGACUGUACUGAGCGUCAGUAUUUACUAAAAUAUACCCCUCAGCUUUAUUCAAACGGGCCAGAAGUCCCUCUGCUAUCAGAUAGGAGCUUACAGUUAACGCAGUCCACAGACAGUAACAAAGAGACAAUAACAAUAGGUCUCCAAACUUUAAGUCCAGGUGUAUAUACCUUUACGAAACGUAGAAACACAGAAAUCCAACCUAUCGUGAUCAACGAAAAAGAAUAA